AUGCCGACUUACGUUCAGCUCCACGAGUUUCUCAAGUCCAAAGUCAGGGCUUGGGAGAACUUGGAACCCGCUUCGGAACCCAAGAAGCAAUCUGAAGGUCAUAAAUCCGGAGGCUCACGCAGUAAUAAACCUCAGAAGACAACAUCCUCUUACACCGCUACUCAAUACAAAGCAAAGCCCAGAAGAAAUUGCCCGCUGUGCCCUGAGGAACAUUACAUGUUGUUCUGUCCAGUCUUUAAGGCCGCUACUUUGGAGGAACGAAUCGACAUAGUCGAAAAAUACCGCCUGUGCUACAAUUGCUUGGGCCCACAUCGCGUCGCUGAUUGUAAGACCGCUCAAGGAUGCAGGAAGUGCAGUCAACGUCAUCAUACUUCCAUCCAUCGAGAUACACCGCCUAAAUCUGCACCACAGACACUUGCAGACAACGCACAAGAUCCGCUUUCCGCUCAAGUAUUGCUAGCUACCGCUUUAGUCCAGGUCCGCCCACAUCAUGGUAAUCCAAUCACCGCCAGAGUGUUGAUUGAUCAAGGUUCAGAGCUCUCAUUUAUGAGACAGUCGCUCUUCAAGAAGCUUGGACAACCGCUACAGCGUGACAUGGUCAUGCUCAAGGGCAUUGGCAAUGUCUCCGCAGGAAGCUCACUAGGUGUGAGCACAAUUGAGCUUCGUUCGCUGUGUACGACCGCAUCAAUGCAUGCCAGCAUGCAUAUUCUACCAACACUGACGGUAGAUCUUCCAUCGUUCGUGAUCGCUGAUCCGAAAUGGCCGCAUCUUGAGAAUCUCAAGCUCGCUGACCCGCAGUAUCUACAGCCACGCCCUGUAGAUAUUAUUCUAGGUGCAUCACCAGCCGCACAGAUCAUGAACGCAGAGAUUCAACGAGGACCUCGCAAUGCUCCUAUUGCACAAUCCACCACGCUUGGUUGGAUUGUCUAUGGGGCUGUCACCGCUAAACACGCGUCAACAUCACACGCAGCACUACAUGCGUCAGUAGAUACUGAAUUACAAGACGCUAUCGCUAAGUUUUGGGAACAGGAAGAAGUUCCAUCAGGAAAUUCACCGCUCAACACCGCUGAAGAAGACGAAUGUGAAAUUCACUUUCGUCAAACGCAUUAUCGACAGCCUGAUGGACGCUACGUAGUGAGAUUACCGCUUAAGGCCCUUGAGAGUCAACUUGGCGACUCUAUCAACGCAGCUAUGGGGUCACUCCGCAGAUUAAUAACUCGCUUGUCGCGAGAAAGAGAAUAUUCUGACAUGUAUCGUGCAUUCAUGACAGAAUACAUUCAGCUAGGACACAUGGUACGAGUACCAGUCAACGAAUUGCCCGCAAACGCUUAUUUCUUGCCUCACCACGGGGUAUUGAAGCUUGAUAGUACCACUACGAAGCUCCGCACAGUGUUCAAUGGUUCCUGUGCAACAUCUACAGGAAUUUCAUUGAACGACAUUCUCCACGCAGGACCCAAAACGCAAAUUGACAUUUUUGAUGUGAUGUUGAGAAUCCGUUGCAGCAGGAUUCUAUUCGCUACUGACAUCACCAAGAUGUUCAGACAGAUUGAGGUCGACUCGCUUGAUUGGCCGCUUCAGUGCAUUCUCUGGAUAGAUGAGAAUGACUUAAUAGACGCUUACUGUCUCAAGACAGUCACAUACGGAACCGCUAGUGCACCUUUUGACGCUAAAACACGCUACGUAGAUGAUAUCUACGGUGGAGCAGACAACGAAGAAGACGCUAUCAAGGCUGCAGUACAAACAAAAGCUCUGUGUGCAGCAGGCUGCUUCCCGCUUGCCAAAUGGGCUAGCAAUAGCCCACGGUUACUCGCUGAAGUCGCUCCAGAAAAGCAGCUGGAUACACCGCUUAAAGAAAUCAGUGAUGCACCAGUAAAAGUCCUGGGCAUGUACUGGAAUUCACGCACUGACGCUCUCCAGUUCAAGUACACGCUACCGCCAGAUACGCCUAAGACAAAGAGAGCUAUUUUGUCUGAAAUCGCUAAACUGUAUGAUCCGCUAGGACUUCUCGCACCAAUAGUCGUCAAAGCCAAGAUCUUUAUGCAAAAUCUGUGGCUAGAUAGAGUGUCAUGGGAUGAACAAUUGUAA